CAAGAGUUUUGUCUUAUGGCUGUUCCAGGAAAGGUGGCGGCUUUCCGUCUGCCUCCCCUGCCAACUGUUGGAGAGAUUAUUAAACUUUUUCGCCUUAAAGCACAGAAACAACUUUCCCAGAACUUUCUACUGGAUUUGCGAUUGACAGACAAGAUAGUGAGACAAGCUGGCGAGCUGAAAAAUGCCCAUGUUUGCGAAGUGGGCCCUGGGCCAGGAGGAAUUACCAGAUCCAUUCUCAGUGCUGGUGUUGAACAGCUCCUUUUAAUUGAAAAAGAUGCUCGAUUUGUUCCAGGAUUGCAGAUGCUAUCUGAAGCAGCUCCAGGAAAAGUGUGCAUUGUUCAUGGAGAUAUUCUGACAUACAAGAUGGAGAAGGCUUUUCCAAAGCACUUAAUAAAGAACUGGGAGGACGAGCCACCAGAUAUACAUAUCAUUGGGAAUCUGCCCUUCAGUGUUUCAACUCCUCUAAUCAUCAAAUGGCUUGAAAAUGUUUCCCGAAAGGAUGGACCUUUUAUUUAUGGCAGGACACAACUGACGUUGACUUUUCAGAAGGAAGUUGCAGAGAGGCUUACAGCUAAUCCAGGAGGUAAGCAACGUAGCAGGCUGUCCAUCAUGUCUCAACAUCUCUGCACUGUUGAAAACUGUUUCGUAAUUCCAGGUCAAGCCUUUGUUCCAAAGCCAAAGGUGGAUGUGGCUGUGGUGCAUUUCACUCCAUUGGUGCAACCAAAGAUACAGCAGCCGUUCAAGCUAGUAGAAAAAGUGGUUCAAAGUGUUUUUCAGUUCAGAAGAAAAUACUGCUUCCGUGGAAUCGAGACCUUGUUUCCUGAAAGCGGACGUCUGAAAAGAACAGAACAGCUGAUGAUGACAGCAGAUGUUGAUCCAACUCUUCGUCCUUUUCAGCUCUCCAUGUCACACUUUAGAAAUCUGUGCAAUACAUACAGAAAAAUGUGCGAUGAAGACCCAAGCCUUUUUGCGUACAGUUACAGAGAAGAACUAAGGCAAAGGAAGAAGACAAGGAAUUUACUUAAAAGUACCAGUCAGCCCGAACAGACUGAAGAGGAAAAUCAGCUGUAACAGCUGUAAUUGCAGCAGACUAAUUAAAAAAAAAAUCAGUUUUAACUCCUUGAUCUAGAGGUGUUGAUUGAGUAAAAGGAGGCUUAAAUAUUCCUACAUCUGUGCAGGUACGGAAGAACUACUUUUGAGAAAGUGGUGGAGAGAGAGGGCUUUCCCAUUUUAUUCAUUCUUUCCAUUCAGCUGCAGACAAAAGUGAAAAGACAGUCCAGUUACAAGGUGCCUACAGGUUCUUUUUACUUCAGGGGAACGGCUA